GAACAAAAGAAAGGAAGAGAGUAUUCGUUUCUUGAAGCGUCCACAUUGUGCGCGGUCACAAGUCAUAUGACAGCACUAAGCAUUUCCUCUACACUUGUGCGAACGCAACAACACUGGUCGUUUUCUGUCGAAGUUGAGUGGUAAUAUCAAUUUCAAGAUGCUGGCACUCAUAAACCGGCUUUUGGACUGGUUCAAGUCCCUCUUUUGGAAAGAGGAGAUGGAGUUGACUCUGGUUGGACUUCAACACUCGGGCAAAACCACAUUCGUUAAUGUUAUAGCUUCUGGGCAUUUUAGUGAAGACAUGAUCCCUACAGUUGGAUUCAACAUGAGGAAGAUCACAAAAGGCAACGUUAACAUCAAGAUCUGGGAUAUAGGAGGGCAGCCGAGGUUCAGGAGCAUGUGGGAACGUUACUGUCGGGGAGUUAACGCAAUUGUAUACAUGGUGGAUGCAGCUGACCGUGAGAAGGUGGAGGCUUCCAGGAAUGAGCUGCACAAUUUGUUAGACAAGCCUCAGUUGCAUGGAAUUCCUAUUUUGGUUCUUGGCAACAAAAGAGAUAUCCCCAGUGCUCUAGACGAGAAGCAGCUCAUUGAAAACAUGAACUUGGCAGCCAUUCAAGACAGAGAGAUUUGCUGCUAUUCCAUUUCCUGCAAAGAGAGAGACAACAUAGAUAUCACACUGCAGUGGCUCAUCCAACAAUCAAAAUCUGGGAGAAGCUGAAAGUACAGGAACUCUGUCCUCCCAGCUCCAUCUUCCAUGUUACCCUCAUGCCACACCCUGUUCGCUCUCUGUUCACACAUGUACAGUGUUCCCUCCAACACCGAUGCUGCACUGUGCCCCCUGCCCGUUCCUCCCUGUUGUUCUAAUUUUAUCCAAUGAUUCUCCCCCACAAACCCCCAUACCUCUGCACUACUAAAAGAUGGUAGCCCCUGGUCAAUGCCACAUUCCAUGAGUCACAGAAUGGGCAUUACACCUCUGCCAUGAGGUGCUACUUCAGUCUCUUGAACAGAGAGAGGUUUAGUCUGUCAGCCUUUUUCAUUCUAUGGGCUGAACGACAGGCGUUUCCCACACCUGUAAGUCCAACUGUUUAUAGCACUAGUGUAGCGAUCCUACACCCUCAGGAUGGGUUGUUUAGCCACUGACUGGGGCCUCAUCAUUAUACAUGUUCUCCAGACAGUCCUGUGUGAAGCUAUAGGGAAAAUAACAGACAUGCACUACAUGACCAAAAGUAUGUGGACACCUGCUCGUCGAACAUUCAUUCCAAAAUCAUGGGCAUUAAUAUGGAGUUGGUCCCUCCUAGGCCUGGCUCACAGUCAGCUGUCCUAUUCAUCAAAAAAGGUGUUUGAUGGGGUUGAGGUCAGGGCUCUGUGCAAGCCAGUCAAGUUCUUCCACGCCGAUCUCGACAAACCAUUUCUGUAUGGACCUCAUUUGUGCACGGGGGCAUUGUCAUGCUAAAACAGGGAAGGGCCUUCCCAAAACUGUUGCCACAAAGUUGGAAGCACAGAAUUAUCUAGAAUGUCAUUGUAUGUUGUAGCGUUAAGAUUUCCCUUGGAACUGGAACUAAGGGGCCUAGCUUGAACCAUGAAAAACAACACCAGACCAUUAGUCCUCCUCCACCAAACUUUACAGUUGGCAUUAUGCAUUCGGGCAGGUAGCGCUUUCCUGGCAUCCGCCAAACCCAGAUUUGUCCGUCAGACUGCCAGAUGAUGAAGCGUGAUUCAUCACUCCAGAGAAGGCGUUUCCACUGCUUCAUUGUCCAAUAGCGGCGAGCUUUACACCACUCCAGCUGACGCUUGGCAUUGGGCAUGGUGAUCUUAGGCUUGUGUGCGGCUGCUCGACCAUGGGAAACCCAUUUCAUGAAGCUCCUGACGAACAGUUAUUGUGCCGAUGUUGCUUCCAGAGGCAGUUUGGAACUCGGUAGUGAGUGUUGCAACUGAGUACAGACGGCAGUCCCGUUCUGUGAGCUUGUGUGGCUUACCACUGAGCCGUUGUUGCGCAAAUAAGUUUCCACUUCACAAUAACAGCAUUUACAGUUGACCAGGGGAGAAAUUUGACAAACUGACUUGUUGGAAAGAUGGCAUCCUAUGACGGUGCCAUGUUGAAAGUGACUGACCUCUUCAGUACGUGCCAUUCCACUGCCAAUGUUUGUCUAUGGAGAUUGCAUGGCGGUGUGCUUUAUUUUAUACACCCGUCAGCAGCGGGUGUGGCUGAAAUAGACAAAUCCACUAAUUUGAAGGGGUGUCCACAUACGCUUGUAUAUAUAGUGUAUGUUAAUGUCACUGGGAAAGUAAAUGGACUUUCUGGUUUCCCUUCUUGUCUCUGUCAUGUUCUACUGUGAGAUUAACUGCUUUAUGGCCUUUGCCUUUUUUUUGCCAAAUAUUUUUUUUUAGCAAUGAAUUAUGUAAAUAGUUCAGUAGCUAGGUAUGUACAAAUAUCAAACUGUUAAGAUUUUUACCUAUGUGAGCGCAUAUGGAUAUUUUAUAUUAAUGUACUGAUGGUCAAGAUAGUGGGUUGGUUGUGUGGUUAUCAGCCUUGUUUGUAAUUUGCCUCAGUGAAAUGAUGUCUACUGCGGUCAAUGAGCUGAGAGAGGGUGGCAGAAUUCAAAGUGCCUUGUGCAAUAUCUCAUCUCUGAAGCAAACAGCAUGCAGUGUGCCUUCCUGAGCAAAGAGAAAACACCACUCCUAUAUAUUCAAGAAAUCGAAAGGCAUUCUUGUUAAUUUAGACAUUGUACUGUUAUCGUUGUUCACCCUCAGUUGCGAUAUUUUCUGUGGCGCAUUUUUUAAAUAUAUAUUUAUGGUGUCAAUACUUUGGAAUUAUUUAGUAAUUAUGUUAUCUGGGUCGAUAAAAAACGUAAACUAUGCUUAAAGAUGAACUUUGUCAUUAAAAUUAAGGACAACAUUUGACUACA